AUGCUACGAUUCAUCUACCGAAAAUGUGAUACACGUGAACACAUGUCGGUGUUAUUGACAAAGACUUCGCAAAUCCUCAAUCGUCAUAACGUCGAGUAUUGGCUAGACAAAGGGACGCUCUUGGGUAUACACCGAGAUGGUGGGCUUAUACCUUGGGAGUAUGACGUAGAUCUUGGUGUUAUGAAUACCACGUGUGCUGUGAUCUCGGCCCUCAAGAGCGAGUUCGAGACUGUCGGAUUAGUCGUUUAUGACCGUGAAGACACUAUCCCGCACAAAGUCAAACUCACAUAUGAUACGGAAAACCAUGAAUUUUACUGGUCGGAUCCAAAGUUACAUGACCCGUGCAUUCGGGUGUACGACAGAGCAGAUACAAGCACAUGGGUUGACAUCUACUGGUACGUCGAGGUGACGCACAAAGAGGUGAUGGCAGCUCAUGAGAAUGUGCUGAUACCUCCAAAUUACGAUAACGAAGACAACCUCGUGUGCUGCUCAGAAGGUUUGCAAGCGCACACGGAACACAUGUGUUGCGGAGGUUGUGUACCGCAGAAGUCGCUAUUUCCAUUACAACGAAAGCGAGGCAAUGUCCAUUAUAGUCUCAACUCUAGUCAAGAGUAUCCAUUGCCAUUUAAUGUCACGCAAUUUCUAUCUAUCCAGUAUGGUGAAAGCGCAUUAACAAGUCGCGAGAUAAAGGGUUGGAAAAGUAUCGUUUGUGGUUUCUGGAUCAGUCCACUGCUAUUUAUAGUCCAUUUAACGAUGUUUAUUAGCGUGUUACUUGUGCUAAGCAUUUAUUUGCGACGUAGAUACUUUACUGACAGCUUAAAGCAACGAAAGCUUUAA